UUGACCGCUCCCCACCCCCAACCCCGCUGCAGUCCCGCGCCUUCCGCCUUCCCCUCCCCCCUCCACCUCACCCGACUCCCCUUCGGGCUUUUUGUCCCUGGUCUAGCGGGCUCGCCGCGCCACCGCCCGCCGCCGUCGUCGUCGGUAGGAAAGAUGAAUGGGAGGGCUGAUUUUCGAGAGCCAAACGCAGAAGUUCCAAGACCAAUUCCCCACAUAGGGGCUGAUUACAUUCCAACGGAGGAAGAAAGAAGAGUCUUUGCAGAGUGCAAUGAUGAAAGCUUCUGGUUCAGAUCUGUACCUUUGGCUGCAACAAGUAUGUUGAUUACUCAAGGAUUGAUCAGUAAAGGAAUCCUUUCAAGUCAUCCCAAAUAUGGUUCCAUUCCUAAACUUAUAUUUGCUUGCAUCAUGGGAUACUUUGCUGGAAAGCUUUCCUAUGUGAAAACUUGCCAGGAGAAGUUCAAGAAUCUUGAGAAUUCCCCUCUCGGAGAAGCUUUACGAUCAGGACAGGCACGACGAUCUUCACCAACUGGGCACUAUUCUCAGAGGUCAAAAUAUGACUCAAAUGUGAGUGGUCAUUCAUCUUUUGCAACAUCCCCAGCAGCAGACAACUUAGAAAAAGAGAUGCUUCCUCAUUAUGAGCCAAUUCCAUUCAGUGCUUCUUUGAAUGAAUCUACUCCAACUGGUAUUACUGAUCAUAUUGCCCAAGGACCUGAUCCCAACAUUGAAGAAAGUCCUAAAAGAAAAAAUAUUACAUAUGAGGAAUUAAGGAAUAAGAACAGAGAGUCAUAUGAAGUUACUUUAACACAUAAGACUGACCCCUCAGUCAGGCCUAUGCAGGAAAGAAUGCCAAAAAAAGAAGUCAAAGUAAACAAAUAUGGAGAUACUUGGGAUGAGUGAAAAAUUGCAUCAUUGGACCUACUGAAGGAAUUUCAGUAUCCAGCUUCAUCUAGGUGGUCAUGAACAUCUGCAUGCUUUGAGCUCAGCAGCAGUCUUCAUAAACACAUUUAAAACUAGAACAUGGGUUUUUGUGGUUUGGCUUAUUGAGAUGAUGUUUUAAAAACUCAAGACUUUAAUAUUAAUAUUGUGUGAAUAUAGUCAUUUGGGAAACUCUUUGAAUGAUGUUAUUACACCAUGAUUAUACAUAGUUUAUGAAAUUGUUUUAAGUUACAGGACAAGGAUACUCUGUUAUAAAACUUUCAAGAGAAUGUAAUGCUCUACAAUCACUGCAUCUGGAAAUAAAUGAUACCUGCAUGUUGAAUUGGGGUGGGGGGGGAGCAAGCAUAAUUUUAAGUGUUAAACUUUACAUCAAAAUUAUUAAAACGCCUUUCUCCA